CCAAGUUACACAGACAGAAUACCAAAGUGACACAAACUCACAAACCAGCCCACCUGAAUAUUUACCGCCGGAAUCCACUUUCCUAACAGAAUAUGCUUUUUCAAGCUACCAGAUUUUUUUAACCCAUUUAUUCUAAGCAAUAGUAAUCAAAGAAAAUGGCUGAUAUGGAAAGUGCAUGUGAAGAAUGCACUAAGAAUUGUAUCAUGAUGCAUAAAAAGGAUAAAAAGCCGGAAGCGGUUACUACGACAUUCUUCAAAGUCAUGAUUGGAGAAGAUUAUGACAAAGUUUUGUUUCUGCCUCCAAAGUUUUCUCGUUGUCAAAUUGAAGAGGUUCCUAAUUCAACAUGGCUUGAAGAUUCAUCAAAUGGCGAGAAAUGGCAGGUAAACAUUAGCAAAGUUGAUGGCUCAAUGGCUUUUAGAGAAGGUUGGGAUAAAUUUGUAUCAGAUCACUGCCUAGAAGCGGGUGAUUUCUUGGUUUUUCAUUACAUUAAGGAUUCUCGCUUUGUUGUCUUGAUGUAUGGAAAAAGUGGCUGUCCUGAACUCCGACACCAAAUGAAUCUCCCCAAGAAAAAUAAGAACAUGAACUCAAACAAUCGUAGCCCAUCAAAUGCGAACAGUAAUGGCCAGCAUUAUUUAAGUGAAUCUUCUUCAAAAUUUGACUGUUCUCGGCAGAAGAAGAAAAGAAGUAUAAAGGAAAACGAUGCCAUGCUGCCACCAGAUGGGAACAUUACAAAUACUAAUCAUUUACCCGUGUCAUUGGUUCAACCUGGGACCCUUGGUUCAGAUAUAGAAAAGGGUCAGAGAUCUGAACAAUUGGUCCGAAAAACAAACUGUGAUUCCAUGGUUUGUGAAACUCAAAUCGCAACCUGUAGGCCAGAUAAAGAAAUGAGCCAAACAUGUGAACCAUUGGUCUGUGAGACUGGUACGACUGUGAAAAACUUUUGUAAGCCUGAUAACGAUGAUGAAAACGUAGAUGAUGAAUACAGAAAAACAGAGCCUAAAGCUAACCCUUAUUCCACGAGCCAAAGAUGUGAACCAUUGGUUUGCGAGACUGGUACACCUGUGGAACAGUCUUUUAAGCCUGCUAAUGAUGAUGCAAAUGUAAAAGAUGAAUACAGAAAAACAAAGCCUAUAGUUAACCCAGAUUCCAUGAGUCAAAGAGGUGACCCAUUGGUUUGCGAGACUGGUACAACUGUGAAAGAAUUUUGUAAGCUUAAUAACGAUGAUGCAAACUUAGAUCAUGAAUAUAGAAAAACAAAGACUAAAGUUAUCCCAGAAGAAUCUGAAGGUGCCUUGAAAAGCAAAGUGGAGGACAGAGGCAACGGAGAAGAAACUCAAGAUGACAUUUAUAAGAGAAUGAAAACAAAUUUCCCGGCGACUAUAAAACGAAAGCAAAGUACUGCGAUGCUGAGUGAAACUACAUGUAACAAUUCUAAAAAGCAGAAACUGGGGAACUUCAACAUUACAUCUAAACAGAUGGAAACGAUGGAAAAGGAGCUUGUCAAGGUAAAGGAAACAGACACCUCAGGUUCAAGGUUACAUAAAGGUGGUACCUCAUCUGGAAUUUCUCUUAAACCAACAGCUAAACGGAUGGAAGGGAUAAAAAAGGAACCAACGACUUACUAUGACUCGGGGGGCCUGAACAGAACAUAUUCAGGAAGCAAGUUGAAAGAUACCAAGAGGGAUUGCCGCAACUCUCCUAAAGUUGAAAAUGACAGAGACUUCCUGAAAGUUAAACCUGAGCCUGUAGAUGAUGACGAGGCACCCUCGUCCAUUCCCACCAACACUACCUUUUCUGCAGUGAUGAGUAGUUACAAAUAUAUUGAGUUGCCGAAUCAGGUGAAGUUGAAGACGGUGAUUUUCCUGAGAAAUGGUUCUGAUCUUUGGCCUGUUUUAUUUCAAAGCAAGUUUGGUUUGAAGGCUUUAACACAGAAUUGGGAAGUAUUUGCAAAGGAAAGAGGUAUCAUGCUGGGUGACAAGUGUGAUUUUGUGCUUGAAAGUGAUCCAAAUAAAGGUGUUUUUAGUGUGCACAUAAGUAGAUAAUAAAUCGUGUCCUUCACUCUUUUGAACUCAUUGCCCUUAUGUAAAUUGUAACUAAGAUGCAAAGUGUUUUGGUCGUGAUAGUAGAAUCGUGGAACUAAUAUUUUUGUGUUUUUAUCGUAAUGCAAGAUUUUUGGUUGUAAUC